CCCUUCUCUGAAUACCAGGGCAACAUGCGAAUCUUUCCUUCGUUGAUUAAUUCUUUAGCUAGUUCUUCUUUUGUCCUAUUUGUUUGCACGUAAGUCGGUUUCUCCUUCCAUUAUAUAAUUUGGCUUGCAUAUUUUACGUAGUUUGAGGUUCAUUUCGCUGCAGAGAUGUUGAGUGUGGACUCGUUGCAAGUGGUGGCUGAAGAGGAGGUGGUGGAGUCGAGCUCAAACCGCUUGGGUGACAUCUACACGUUUGUGGCCGAGGGCUGCUACCCCCAGACAAUGAAUCCCAUACGAAAGAAGAAUCUCAAAAGAUAUGCUCAGAAAUUCAUCAUUGAUGAAGGUCGACUGUACUAUGUGGGGCCCAAGAAGGAGGAGAAGCGAGAGGUUGUGAUUGAAGCUGAACGUAAGCGGCAGAUAUUCCUUGAGUGCCACUUUAAUGACAUUGGUCAUCACCUGGGACAGAAGAAGACUGUUCACAGGAUCCAGAGCAAGUAUUACUGGCUGGGUAUUGUAAAAGAUGUCGUGGACUGGGUAUGUUUGUCUAUUUGGAGUUCAGUGUACAGCUUGGAGGCAUACAUUCAUUAUUCUUACAAAUUGUGCAAUUGUCUGUCUCAGAUAAAGGUAUGUGAAACCUGUCAACACACAGAGAGGAACAAAAACAUGACAAGGACUGUUCGGCCAAUCAAAGUGGAUGCUCCCUGGGAAAUUCUAGGGAUUGAUAUAUUUGGGCCUUUCCAAAAAACACAGCAAGGUAAUUCCAGCGUGGUAAUCGUCACAGAUUACUUCAGCAAGUGGGUGGAGGCGUUUCCCAUUCAAAAAAGAGAUGCCCUCUCUGUUGCCAGAUGUAUAUCUACAUCCAUUUUCAGGUUUGGAGCAGCAAAAACAGUUAUCUCCACACAAAGCGUUGACUUUUGUGACGAGGUGACAAAGCACCUCUGUAACAGGUGGAAUGUAGUGCAGAGAGUGUCUGCUGUAGAGUUGAACCCGCUACACGACCACAGCAGUGGACUACUGAAGGAAGCCAUCAUACAGGUGGUGGCAGAGAAGCAGGCAGAGUGGGACGAUUUCCUGGACCCUGUCUUAUGUCUGUUUAGGACGACCAUCAACCCCACAACAAAGUUCACACCCUAUUCACUCAUGUUUAAUAGGAAAACUAUUUUACCUAGUGAGACCGACCAAGAGACGGAUUUGUAUCACUCAAAGGAAGAGGCCUCGGCGUGUAUGACAGUGAUGCAAGAGCAGCAGAACUCUGUAAAGCAACUGGUGAUUGCCAACAUGAAUGCGGCGUACAAACAGGAGAAGAAGAAUGCCAAGAGAAGAGCUCGGAACAUGCCCUCCAUUACCUUCAAAGUCACAGACCCAUUGUUUGGCUCGGGUGAGUCGUCCUCCCAGAAGAAACUGAAACGGAGCAUUUACCUGUCUUUCCCGGUGGAAACGGUCCUUGCCACUGAGCAAUGCAGCUCUGAUGACAAAAAGAGUGACUUGGAAUACCCCCUGCCGAUUUCUGAUGCGCAUUGAGGCCUACUAUGCUGGGGGUUAUAGUAUACAAGGAACAUAAUUGAGAAGCAUACAGUGGUUGUAUUAAUGGAUCAACAAUACCUCUUGCUUCAGUGGUAUGAUGGAGACAUGAUGUCCUCAUAAGAUGCUUCAUCUCAGAGAGAAGAUUGGUGAACAUGGAGGCACUGGAAUCAAGAAGCCUGACCAAAAAUAUUGCUAAGAAAUUAUAUUGGGUUGGACAUAUGUCCAAAUACAUAGAUUUUCCCAGUCAGUGCCUGGUGGAUUUGUGGUCUAGUCAUUGAUAUUGUGAGGCAUGUAGGUGCUAAAGGGCAUUUUUUUGCAAAGAUGUGAAUGAAAUGAGCAUGUUCACUAUCCUAUCAUGUAGGAUACACCUUUCUCCAACUCUGUUAAAAAUGUGAAGUUGUAUUGACAUCAUGGAGCAGGGUAUGUGCACUUGGGGUCAGCAUCAGUUUUUUGUGGCCACACUUAGAAUACUUUGUCUUCACAAUCAGUCAUUCAUUCAUAGUUCUUUGAAUUUCGGGUCUGCUACAUGCUUUAGGGAAGGACUUUAAAUAACUAGUUAAGGUCCAUAUCAAAUGAUGGCAUUUGGUUUAUUGCUGUGCAUGGAUUCAAUAUUCCCGAUAUCCCCAACAUUCUAUUGACCAGUGCAACCUUGAAGAAAUGUGGAUGGAAAAGCACAAUAGAGUUCUAAAGUAAAAACAAUGUAUUUUAAAAUAAGCUAACACAAAACAAAUCAACCUUUUAAUCUAUAAAGGUGCAAUAUCCAGAAAUCGUUCCAAAAAUUCUAAUAGUUAACCUAAUUUUAGUUUUUGACAAAACAAACAAUGUUUGGUGUAGAGCAGGGCUCCCCCAUUGAUGGCCCCGGGGCCAAGUCUGGCCCCCCAAAUGAAUUCUGAAUAUUUUUUUCCCCCAUAAAAAAUACUUCAUCUCGGACCCGAGAUUCAAAAACUCUCAAAUGUAAUGUCGCAAGAAGGAAGUUACCUUAACUCAGUAAUGUAAAAGUUACAUUUUACCUUCAUUCAUGAGGAUAGAAAUAUACUAAUUAUGUUCUGGACCGCCGAAUAUUAGUUCAGAAACAAAAUUGGCUUAGAGUCAAACCUAGUUGACGAACUCUGAUGUUGAGAAACAUUGUACCAUCUAAAUCUCUGAAAUAGAUUUUCAAUAACCAAAAAUAAUGUAUUUUCAGCUGUUUGUACCUGGUGUACAAAAACCGAUAGUAAAAAAACAAAAAUGACACUAAAGCAUAGAUAUAGUUAACAUAGAACAGAUCUACCGCUUAGCAUAGACUGUAAAAGGUAUUGGCAAAGUCAUCGAUUACAUCACGGCAUAUUUUGUAUGGGAACGCUCAGUGGCACAUUUUGAAGACCAGAAAGCAUUGUUGAUGUGUGCGCUAUCUUGUUUCAUGGAAGAGUUUUUGGAACAUCGCAUGCGCCGUUUGAGAUAGUCCAGGAAGUGACGUCACAAGCUCCGACAGUCUGAAAGGACAACAUUCCAUCACGUAGAGUUUAGGCAAACUGCUGGUAGUUCAGAUGUAUGGUCAUAGGCCAACUGCAUGCAAGAGCUGUCUAUGUGCCAGAGGCAGCUUUUGUUUCUGUCAGUGAGAGCUACAUAACUCUUCGAUCUGCUUCGGUCUAUGGCUCAAGCCAACUCUAUGUGCAUGAGUAAAAAUCUUGUAAGUUGGGGAGAGGAUAUCAUGCACCACCACGACUAGCGGUACAAAAGGCAAUUGUUUAAAUAAAAUGUUAUUGGUCACAUACCCAUGUUAUUGCGGAUGUAGCGAAAUGCUUGUUUCUAGCUCCAUCAGUGCAGUAAUAUCUAACAAGUAAUAUCGAACAAUACACACAAAUCUAAGUAAAGGAAUGGAAUUAAGAAUAUAUAAAUAUUUGGAUGAGCAAUGUCAGCGGCACAGACUAAGAUACAGUAGAAUAGGACAGAAUACAGUAUAUGGGUCAUUCUUUGGCUUGGGUAAUAUUUCAGUCCCUCUGACUUUUAUAUUAUAUUUCAAAUAUUGGGUCACCAAAAUGAAAUGUUAAGAUUUUGUAUAUAAAUUUAAAUGUCCAGUAUAAAUGCAUUUAAAUAAAGAAUGAAUUUAAACUUUUUAUUUAAUAAAUCUUAUUUUUUUAACUGACACUAAUAAUUGUGUCAUGUCCCCCUGACACACCCUGAUCUGUUUUACCUGUCCUUGUGAUUGUCUCCACCCCCUCCAAGUUCACCCAUCUUCCCUAUAACCCUUAGUGUAUUUAUACCUGUAUUCUCAGUUUGUCCAGCCUUUUUCCAAGCUCCUGUUUUUUCUAGUCUCUCUUUUCUAGUUCUGACCUUUUGCCUGCCCUGACACUGAGCCCGCCUGCCUUACCAUUCUGCCUGCCCCUGACCUCGAGCCUGCCUGCCGCCCUGUACCGUUUGGACUCUAACUUGGUUAUGAACUCUUGCCUGUCCUCGACCUGCCUCUUGCCUGCCCCUCGUUGUUCAAUAAAUAAACCAUCUGCCUCCUG